AUGAUUGGCUUCGCCGCCGGGCAAGACGACGACUCCUCCGUCCAGUUCCACCCCACCGAGCCGACCACCUUUGUGAGCUACACGGGCUGCCUCAUCAUCAUCGGCUCCGUGAGCGAUCCGCAUGCGCAGGAGUUCCUCCGCGGGCACGACGAGGAGGUCACAUGCCUCGCAAUCUCGCCGUCCGGCCACCUCAUUGCCUCCGGCCAGACCUCGCACACCCGGGUCGCCGGCUCGGAGGCGGCGGUGAUCGUGUGGGACUUCGCGACUCGCCAGCCGGUCUUUCGACUGCUGGACCUGCAGGACGGGCCGACGGCGUACUCGCGGAACAGCGUGACGCAGCUCGCCUUCUCGCCGGAUGGCAAGAUCCUUGCCGGCGCCGACGAUCGCGCCGACGCCCGGCUCUGUAUGUGGGACUUGCCCACAGGGUUGCUCCAGGCGGCGACCAACACAAAGGCCCUCUCCUUCCUAGAGUUUGGCGAGGCGUGCAGCCCGGUGGUUGCGUCUGGCCGCCGCACGUCGAGCCACGGCAAGUACCUCAUCUACGCUGGACGCGGGCCAGCCAUCCUGCGGUUUACGCUCGAGUUUGAUGUGCGCUCCAUGCAGUACGCCCUGACAGAGGAACGCUUCAAAAUGCCGUCGCAGGGGUUGGCGCGGCAGUACUUCUGCGGCAAGUACCUCCCUCAGGGCGCCGGCUACCUCAUCGCCGGUUCCUCUGCCGGCGAGUUGUGCGUCUUCAACUGCGCGACGAUGGUCUUCCGUGCAGCGGUGCCAGUCUCGGCCGGCGGCGGGCUGCUUCAGCUCGCAACUAGCUCUGCGGGGGGGAAGGAGCUCGUGUAUUGCGGCUGCGGCGAUGGCAAACUCAGGGUGGUGGCCGGCCUCGACCAGCAGUGGACAAUGGAGGGAGAGGUCGCCUUGUCUGGCGAGAUCCGCGGGCUCUCGGCCUCGGCCGACGGCGCCGAGCUGCUCGCGGGCACGUCGCUCGGCGACGUCUACAUCGUGGACGCGGUGGAGCUGCGGCCGAGGCAUGGGCAUCUUGGCGGGCCACGGAUGUCGAGCCACACUCAGCCAAUCCGGUGCCUCGCUUUCGGCGACUCGUCGGAGACCUUUGCCUCGGGCGCGGAGAACGGCGUGCUCCGCCUGUGGGAGCUGUCACACUACACGGUGCGGACGCACAUCGCGCCCUCAGACAACAAGGCCGCGCACCCGACUUGCAUCGUCUACAGCGGAAGUGACCUCGUCUCGGGCUGGUCCGAUGGCUGCAUGCGGUGCCACUCGGAGGACGGUAAGCUACUCUGGUUCGUGCCGCUGACUCACAACGGCGGCGUCUAUUCGAUCGCCCUCUCGCCGCGCUUCAUCGCCACCGGCGGCGCCGACGCUUCUCUCCGGCUGUGGGACUCGGAGACACGGCGCGUCAUCGCUGAGCGCGUCCUCGCCGAGUUUGGCGAGCACCGCGAGCGCUACCGCGUAACGGGCAUCGCAAUCGACCGGAACAAGCCACAUCUUAUCCAUUCGUGCGGCGCCGACAAGACGAUCGUCACCUUUGACCUGAAGCAGGCACGCCGCUCGCAGCACUUUACGCAGCAGGAGGGCGGCUUCUGCGGCCUCGUGCAGUCGACGCAGGGUGAGCAGGAGAUCAUCACGGCCGACACCGCGGGCUGCGUCAAGGUGUGGGACGGCGACGUGCGGCAGGACGCGCCCAUCGCGAUGCUCGUCACUUGGACGGAGCGCGACGAGCUCCAGGGCAAGGAGAAGAAGCUGAACCACAUCGCGCUCGACCCCUCGGGGAACCACCUGCUUCUCUCGACCGCCUCGGGAGAGAUCCAAGUAUGGGAGCUGGCCAACGCGGCAGAGCCGCGGUCGGUCGGCAUCGCCCACUCAAAUGAGGUGACCCAGGCAUCCUUCUCUCCCGACGGCAAGCAGAUUGUCUCUGUCGGUCUCGAUUCAUGCAUAUGCGUCUGGAACUGGUUCGCGUGA